AUGGCUGAUCUCGAUAGACAACUAGACCAACUGAGAAGAGGUGAAAUUAUUACAGAACAAGAAGUGAAGGAGCUAUGCACAAAAGCAAGAGAAAUCCUGAUUGAAGAAAGCAACGUUCAACGAGUCGAUGCACCCGUCACUAUUUGUGGAGAUAUUCAUGGUCAGUUUCAUGAUCUGAAAGAGUUAUUUCGAGUCGGUGGUGAAUGUCCAGAAACCAACUACCUCUUUAUGGGUGAUUUUGUGGAUCGUGGUUAUUACUCUGUCGAGACGUUUCUCUUGUUAUUGGCGUUGAAAGUGAGAUACCCUGACCGCAUCACUUUGAUUCGAGGCAACCAUGAGAGUCGACAAAUUACCCAAGUGUAUGGCUUUUACGAUGAAUGUACACGUAAAUUCGGAUCAGCCAAUGUCUGGCGAUACUGCUGCGAAAUUUUCGAUUAUUUGAGUUUGAGUGCCAUCAUUGACGACAAAGUGUUUUGUGUUCAUGGUGGACUUUCACCCAGCAUAAAUACAUUGGACCAAAUCAGAACCAUUGACAGAAAACAGGAAGUGCCUCAUGAUGGUGCCAUGUGUGAUUUACUCUGGUCCGAUCCUGAAGAAAUUGAGGGUUGGGGGUAUAGCCCGAGAGGCGCAGGAUAUCUGUUCGGUGCAGAUAUCGUACAAGGAUUUUUACAUGCAAACGGGCUUAAUUUGAUUGCCCGUGCACAUCAGUUGGUGAUGGAAGGAUACAAACCCAUGUUCGAGGAUACAAUUGUGACAGUGUGGUCUGCACCCAAUUAUUGUUACAGAUGUGGCAAUGUAGCAGCAAUACUGGAAUUAGAUGAUUAUUUAAACAAGGAAUACAAGUUGUUUGAAGCAGCGCCUCAACAAGACCUUCGAGGCACACCUCAAAAGAAGGCUUUACCAGAUUACUUUCUAUAA